AUGCUGAACAUGGGCGGUCCGUCAACGGUACCCGAGACCCACGACUUCCUCAAGAACCUCUUCAUGGACGGUGAUCUCAUCCCCUUGCCCUUCCAAUCCGUCCUCGCGCCAUGGAUAGCAAGACGCCGCACACCACAAAUCGAGAAGCAGUAUGAAGACAUAGGUGGUGGUUCCCCUAUCCUCCACUACACAAAGCUACAGGGCGAACGCAUGGCCACGAUUCUUGACGAACUGCACCCUGCCACGGCACCCCACAAGAGCUAUGUCGCGUUCCGCUAUGCGCGUCCCCUUACGGACGAGACGGCCCGGCAGAUAAAGGCAGAUGGCGUCAAGCGCGCGAUCGCGUUCACGCAGUAUCCCCAGUACAGCUGCAGCACCACAGGGAGCAGUCUGAACGAGCUGUAUCGGAAGGGCAAGACGAGCGACUUCGGGGACGGGGUAGAAUGGAGUGUGAUUGACCGGUGGGGUACUCAUCCCGGUUUUAUCGAGGCGGUCGCGCAGAACAUCGAGCGUGCGCUGGCGAAGUUCCCUGCCGAGAAGCGCUCAGAGACGGUCCUGCUCUUCUCCGCACAUUCGCUCCCGAUGUCCGUGGUGAACCGCGGCGACCCCUACAUUCUCGAAGUCUCGGCGACAGUGUCCACAGUCAUGGACCGCCUCGGCCACUCGAAUCCGUAUCGGCUUGUCUGGCAGUCCCAGGUUGGGCCUUCGGCGUGGAUGGGCAUGCAGACGAGCGAGGCAAUCAAGGGUCUCGCCCGACUUGGGAAGAAGCAGGUGGUGCUCGUGCCGAUCGCGUUCACAAGCGACCAUAUUGAGACGCUGUACGAACUAGAUCUCGAGUACGUCAAGGAGGGACAAGAGCUCGGCAUGGAGGUCCACCGCGCAGAGUCUUUAAAUGACUCUCCCGUGUUCAUCCGUGCUCUCGCGGAUAUGGCCGCGGCGCAUUUGAAGGACUACACCGGCGGAAAGAUCGGCCCGACCAGCCUCCAGCUGGGCUUGCGGUGUCCUGGCUGCACAAAUGCCACGUGCGGAGCGCAGAAGACGUGGUUCGCCAAGGGCGGCCGAUAG